GAGCUGUGCACAGCUCCUACAUUGUCACGGGCUGCGUCUCCUGUGGACCCCCAGGACUGGGCGGACCCCUGGAAAGAACUCCACCGCAGACUUGUCCGGACUUCUUCGGCCAGCCAGCAGAAUUGUCGUUCCGUUUGGAGUCGCUGCACCUCUGAGAAGAGGAAGACUUUGUCAGCGCGCUCGCCCCUGACGACAUCUGCGCUGCGACAUCGCGGACCGGACUGCUCGUCGACCUCCUGAAGGCCGGGUGGAGAUGGUUCUGCGCGCUUGCGUCCUGCUGCUGCCCCUGCUGUGCGCGUGUUCUGCCCGGCCGCAAACAGGGGCGUCCCGCUCGGCGAACCACCCAAUGGAGGACUGGCACGUGGAAGGCUCGCUAGCGGGCACGGCCCUGCUCCCGUGCAAACUCUCCACGGCACCGUCUGCGCCCGCGGAGGGCGAGCGGCCCAGGGUCAAGUGGACUCGCGUGGAGGGCGGGGCGGAGAGGGUGGUCCUGGUGGCUCAGGGAGGCGUCGUCAAGGUGGGCCGGGACUUCGCGGGCCGCGUGUCGUUGCCCGGCGACACGCCCGAGCGGGGCGACGCCGCUUUGGCCGUCGUCGGGCUGCGGGCCGGCGACGCCGGGCGAUACCGAUGCGAGAUCACGCGAGGGAUGGAGGACAGACGCUCCGGCGCCACCCUCAGCGUCAAAGGUGUGGUGUUCCACUACCGGCCCAACGGCAGCCGCUACUCGCUGGACUUCCCGGCGGCGGCGGCGGCGUGCCUCUCGGCGGACGCCGCCAUCGCCACGCCGGACCAGCUGACGGCCGCCUUCCACGACGGCCUGGACCGCUGCGACGCGGGCUGGCUCGCCGACCGGACCGUCAGAUACCCAAUCACGCGACCCCGUCCGGGGUGCGAAGGCGACCUGAAGAGUCGACCCGGUGUGCGAACAUACGGCGUCCGAUCAGCCACCGAGAAAUACGAUGUCUUUUGCUACGUUGACAAACUAGACGGGGAGGUCUUCUACCCGCCGUCCAUCAGCGGCAAGCUAACGCUGCGGGAGGCGGCGGCCGAGUGCGCGAAGCACGAUGCGGCGCUGGCGUCGCCCGGGCGGCUGUUUGCCGCCUGGGGGGCGGGGUUGCACCGAUGCGACUACGGCUGGCUCUCGGACGGCAGCCUCCGCUACCCCGUCAACGUCCCCCGACCGCAGUGCGGGGGCGGCCAGCUGGGGGUCCGCACGCUCUACAAGUACGACGACCAGACGGGGUACCCGGACCCGGGUGACAGGCACGGAGCGUACUGCUUCAAAGCCAAGCUCCCAGGAGUGACAAGUCCCACCAGCGUCCGGGUCGCACCAGAACCCAGCGGCACAAGUGCCCAGCGCGAUUCCCCGACAUCCCACCCAGUGACAUCUCAGCUCCGAACAAGACCAGUCACUCAUUCAGAGUCGCACGAUGAUGAUGUCAUCACGGAGCGCGGGCCCACACACCUGGAGUCGCUCUUUCCUGCCACGUCGUCUCCCCUCCAUGCCGCUCUAGGGGGGUCGGGCAGCGGCGACGGCACUCCCGGCGCGGUAGCGUCGUCGCUGGCGCCGCUUUUGCCCGACUGGAGCGUCACGUAUAAAACGGCGUCGGGCUUCAAAGAGGAAGCUCCGCCCGUGAGCUUUAACGUCAACCAAUUGUUGGCUCUGCCCGGCGAGGGCGGAUCCACGGCCAAGCCGCCGUUCCACUUCAUCAUAGUCGACGUGCAGGACCAAAAUCAAUCAGUCGAUCGCAUCCUGCAGCUCCUCAAUUCGCCUGCGGACGGCGCCGUCGGCUUGCCGCAAAUCUCCGACCUCUCGCAGUCGAUUGCCGAGCUCGUCCACGGCGACUCCGAUGCCGCCGACGCGCCUCUGCCGACCGUCAGCUUUGUCAGCGGUAGACACAAAGUGACGUUAGACGCGGGGCCGCCCGAGGAGGCGCGAGGGGAUCAGUUUGAGACCGCCGCCCCCGUUAGGGUGGCCGAGGAAGAGGCGAGCGUGACGCCGUUUGACUACGUCGCCCUGGAAGUCCCAGCGGAGGAGCCCCCCGCGGAUCCCGAUACCGACACCCGCCAUCUAGACCACCUUUCUUAUUUCCCGAAUACUGCGUCGCCGAUAAGGAGCGCCACCCCCACCGCCUCGGACGCCAGCGCGGACGACGCGGAGGGGUCUACUUCCGGCAAAGACGACGGCGAGAUGGAGGAGGCGCCGUCCGCACCUGUGGGUGGCGACAAAGAGGUGGGGUCCGGUGCGGAGCAGGUGGCAGGAGACUGGGAGGCUUCAGGAGAGCGGGGCGGGCUCAUUCCUGAAGAAAUGUUACAAACACCACCGGACCCUGGAGACCACGUGGCGCAAAAACCAUCCACCCGCCCCCUAGCUGCCGUCACGGUCGGCGGCAAACAGCCUCCAUUUAACCCUCAGCCACACCCCGCCAACCUUGACCAAGAGACGACGACCUGGCCGUUUACGGGCCAACAAAAGGUUUCCGCUACCGCUCAGCCCUCGCAAUCCAUCGACGCCCGUGUCGUUCCCCGGCGGGCGCCGACCCCCGACCGGGCCGACGUGCCGACCCCGCGGGAGGACUUCCUUGCCUACGACAGAGAGGUGGCGGAGUGGCGGCCCCCCGGGCCCGAGGAGACCGUAGAGCAGCCUGACCCGCUGGACGUCGGCUUCAUGAAUGUGACUGAUAUGCAGCCGUGCUCCGUGGAUGUGUGUCAAAAUGGCGGCUCCUGCUAUCAGAGGGGCUCAGAGAAGGUGUGCGCAUGUGCACCAGGAUACACCGGGGGGCGCUGUCAAACAGACGUGGACGAGUGCGAUUCCAACCCGUGUCUCAAUGGCGCCACCUGCCUGGACGCCGCCAGCGGCUUCUCCUGCCUGUGCCUGCCCAGCUACACCGGGGAGCUGUGUGAACAAGGGUUGCGGAGCGCUGGAGCCUAUCCCAGCUGACUUCGGGCGAAAGGCGGACUACACCCUGAACCGGUCGCCAGUCAGUCGCAGGGCACAUAUAGACACGGACAACCAUUCGCACUCACAUUCACACGGUCACUGAGUGGGACGCUGCCCGCACCAAAGUCAGGCGAGUGGACCACGACACCAUCAGUGACCUAAGGUUUAUUUGUUCUUAAGUAAUGUAUUUACUAUGGGGCAUCCUACUGUUUAGUAUUAACACUGCAGCUUUAUGGAUGUAUUUUCCAUCUCCCACAUGACCCCUGACACGUUAGCAGGUUUGCACAACAUACUGAAAGCUAGAGCGGUCAUGUGCCCAGAUAACACGUUCACUGCUGGUGCAAGAUAAUAAGGAAAAAUAGUUAAGACACAACAAAACCUACAUAGGGGGAAUAAACACACAUACGCUUGAUUAACAUUCACAUUAUUACAACAAUUUAUGGGACUGACUGACUUAAAACAUUAUUUUAACAACUAUACAACAGCGGUAGGCGCGCUGGGACAUCCUCUGACAGCAAACUCCCACGAUGACCUCAACAAUGACAUCAUUGUAAAAACAUGGCGGCUCGCUGUCAGAUUUCCCAGCGUGCCUUGCGCCAUUGUAUAGUUGUUCAAAUGCUGUUUUAAGUCAGUUAGUCCCCUAAUUCCAUAAAUUGUUGUAAUAAUGUGAAUGUUAAUCGAGUUAAUGCGUGUUUUUAUAUAUAUAUAUAUAUAUAUAUAUAUACUGUAUAUAUGUGUGUGUGUGCCUAUGUGUUUGUUUUACUAAUAUUUUAGUAUUUAAUGAAUUACAAUACAGGAAUCUCGCACUAUUCACAGGGAAGAACCCUGCUGUAAAUAACGAAGGACUACAGGUAGUUGACGUCCUCCCUGGAAAUUUGGGAUAAUUGCCGACACGGUCCCCCUCCGUUACGUUCCAGACCCGUCCACGAUAAGUGAAGAUGCGCAAUAUUAAUAUGUUUUAAGGUCUAUAAACACACUUGUAAAACAAUACAAACACAUUUAAACACCAGCCAAUUCAUCUUCUACAUUGCGAUUGAGAAAUGCUGUUUCAGAAAUAGCCGGGGGUCCGUUCCGCAGAAAAAAAAUGGUGCAUCCUUUGGGUCUCGGGGUCCCGGGGUCGUUUGCUCCUCAGCUGCGCUCGGGCGUCGUCCCCGGAAGACGGUCGCCGCCUCCAUUUUUGUAGCGUGACUCAGCAGCACCGCCGUCCUCCCGGGACUCGCGCUUCCCUCUCCGUGAACUCCGCCCAAAGCCCCCGACUGCAAGAAAGCUGAACUGGAACGUCACCAGCUUCAUCUUUAGUACAUUAAUUACAAUAACUUCAAGAUUUAACAUGCAUUUUUCGAGCCUUCCUCCUAAUAAAAGUAUGUACGUCAGGUCCACUUGAUAUUCUCACAUACACAAUAUUUAAGUGCCUCCCUCUCGAUAAAAACAUGUACAUUUUCUUCCUUUUAUGCAUAUUAUUUUAGUGCCUUACUCCCAAUAAAAGCAUGUACGUCAA